UCAAAUCUUGUCUUCUUCUUCUUCUUCUUACAUUUGAUUUCUCUGUCUGAAUUCGAGAACCAGAUCUACUAAUUAUCUGAGAGAAAAAGAUCUGCUCUGUUUGUUCCUCUGUCUGAAACAGAGAGAAGUCAACAAAUCUUUUAUUUGAUUUUUUGCAAAUCGGAGAAAUGGCCGGAGGAUUCGUCAGUCAAACGCCGGGUGUUCGGAACUACAAUUACAAACUGACACCGAAAGUGUUUGUAACAUGUUUCAUCGGUGCUUUUGGUGGUCUCAUCUUCGGAUACGAUCUCGGGAUCUCAGGAGGGGUAACCUCAAUGGAGCCAUUCUUGGAAGAGUUCUUCCCUUACGUCUACAAGAAGAUGAAGAACGCACAUGAGAACGAGUACUGUCGAUUUGAUAGUCAGCUUCUCACUCUCUUCACUUCGUCUCUGUAUGUGGCGGCUUUGAUAUCUUCUCUCUUCGCCUCCACCAUUACUCGAGUUUUCGGAAGGAAAUGGUCGAUGUUCCUCGGUGGUUUCACCUUCUUCAUCGGCUCUGCCUUCAACGGCUUUGCUCAAAACAUCGCUAUGCUUCUCAUUGGUCGUAUUCUACUCGGUUUCGGAGUCGGAUUCGCCAAUCAAUCUGUACCUGUUUAUUUAUCAGAAAUGGCUCCUCCGAAUCUAAGAGGAGCUUUCAACAACGGGUUUCAAGUAGCGAUUAUCUUUGGUAUUGUGGUUGCAACGAUCAUCAAUUACUUCACCGCACAGAUGAAAGGAAACAUCGGAUGGAGAAUCUCUCUCGGUCUAGCUUGUGUCCCUGCAGUUAUGAUCAUGAUCGGAGCUCUGAUCCUUCCCGACACUCCGAACUCUCUCAUCGAACGUGGCUACACCGAAGAGGCCAAGCAAAUGCUUCAGUCCAUCCGAGGAACCAAUGAAGUCGAUGAAGAAUUUCAAGAUCUCAUUGAUGCAAGUGAGGAGUCCAAGCAAGUGAAACACCCAUGGAAGAACAUCUUGCUUCCUCGUUACAGACCCCAAUUGAUCAUGACUUGCUUCAUUCCUUUCUUUCAACAACUUACUGGAAUCAAUGUCAUUACCUUCUACGCCCCGGUUUUGUUCCAAACCCUCGGGUUCGGUAGCAAAGCUUCCCUCCUAUCAGCUAUGGUAACGGGUAUCAUCGAGCUCUUGUGUACAUUCGUAUCUGUUUUCACAGUGGAUAGGUUUGGAAGAAGAGUCUUGUUCCUCCAAGGAGGUAUCCAGAUGCUAAUCUCUCAGAUCGCUAUUGGAGCCAUGAUUGGGGUCAAAUUCGGAGUGGCUGGAACAGGAAACAUAGGGAAAUCAGAUGCCAAUGCAAUCGUGGCACUGAUCUGCAUCUAUGUAGCGGGUUUCGCCUGGUCAUGGGGACCGUUGGGAUGGUUGGUUCCUAGUGAGAUAUCUCCACUAGAGAUCCGUUCAGCAGCUCAAGCCAUAAACGUUUCGGUCAACAUGUUCUUCACAUUCCUUGUGGCUCAGCUCUUCCUCACUAUGCUUUGUCACAUGAAAUUCGGACUAUUCUUCUUCUUCGCGUUCUUUGUUGUCAUAAUGACGGUAUUCAUCUACUUGAUGUUGCCUGAGACAAAGAAUGUACCAAUCGAAGAGAUGAACAGAGUGUGGAAGGCACAUUGGUUCUGGGGAAAGUUUAUUCCUGAUGAAGCUGUUAACAUGGGUGCUGCUGAGAUGCAACAGAAGUCCGUAUGAUGAUCAAGAAUGAAGUUUUCUUUGGGCAAAAAGAUUUAUGAGAAAAGAGAAAGUGAAUAAUUAUUGGGAUGAAAUAAGAAUAAAUGUCAAAAAUGCCU